UUGACGGUCUUAUAACCGAGAUGGCUGAAUGGAAAAUGUUGUGUUUGCCUUCAGUUCUGCUGCUGUGGCCUCAGAUCUUCUCAACCACAUUGCAAGAUAAUGGUCAUCCAGGUUCAGGCUGUCUAACUACUACAGAUACUAAAGUUCUUAUGAAGUAUCUGCGUAGCUACAAGCUUCAGCACAAACCCUUGUUCCCUGUGGAUGCUGUGAGAUUUCUUACAAUCAAAGGGAACACAAUCUGCUCAGAUCCCUCCUCACCAUGGGCCAUUAAAGCAAUGAAGUACCUGGAUGCAAAGAAGAAACCUCAGUCAGCGUCAAGUACAGCUCAUCAAUCUGUGACAGCAGCUCCUACGAAAAUAUCGAUGAUAAAUACAAAAUCUGCUCAGAGCUCUACGACUCAGAUAUGGUCUACUCCAGUGAAGAAGCAGGUUUAUAGUUACACACAGAACCUAAAAGACAUUAUAGGACACAACACACAAAAAACAGAAAGCAAGGCAGAAUUUCCCACCCCAAGAACUACACUGGAGCAGGAUUGGAGAGGAUCUACUGAAACCACAUUUCAGCUGGAUGGGCUGGCAUGGGAGGAAGAGGAGGAAGAUGCUGUUACAGGUUCAGCCUGUCUAACUACUACAGAUACUGAAGUUCCUCUCAAUAAUCUGCGUAGCUACACCCUACAGCACAAACCCUUGUUCCCUGUGGAUGCUGUGAGAUUUCUUACAAUCAAAGGGAACACAAUCUGCUCAGAUCCCUCCUCACCAUGGGCCAUUAAAGCAAUGAAGUACCUGAAUGCAAAGAAGAAACCUCAGUCAGGGUCAAAUACAGCUCAUAAAUCUGUGACUGCGGCACCGAAGAAAACAUCAACCAUAAAUAUGACUCGGUCAUCAGCUCAGAUUGAAACGCAGACCUCUGGACGAAAAUAAUUGCUAUAACUGGCCAGUAUCAUUUUGCAUUUUUUAAAAGGUUUUCUCUUUUGAGAUAACACGCACUUUAUUGUACAUCACACACUUUAUAGUUUGUGAUGUUUAAAAAAAAUCAAUGUAUAGUGUUACUUUUUUGGUCACACUUUAGUUCCAAUUCUCACUAUUAACUAGCUACUACUUUUGUCUCAAUAAACUCCUAAUUACUGCUUAUUAAUAGUUAGUAAGGUAGUUGUUAAGUUUAGGUAUUGGUAGGAUUAAGGGACGUAAAAUAUGGUGUUAAUAUGUGUUUAAUAAGUACUAAUAAAUCACCAAUAUCCUAGUAAUAUGCAUGAUAAUAAGCAACUUGUUACUAUAGUGAGAAUUGGACCCUAAAGUGUUACCCUUUUUUCUUACAAAAAAAGAUUGUACUUUUAUAUUUUAUAUCUAUUAAUAUAUAUAUAUAUAUAUAUAUAUAUAUAUAUAUAUAUAUAUAUAUAUUUUUUUUUUUUUUUUUUUUUUUUUUUUUUAUUUCUCUAAAAUGUUUUUUGAUAUGAUUAUGUAUUUCUGUGUAUAGAGGUAAUGUUGUCAAAUAAAUUGAAAUCAUUUGUGCCAGAACUUUUAGAGCUGCUUGUGUUUAAUUCCUGUAACUUUAAGUAUUAAUAUUUUAAGUGAAAGUUGUAGCAUCAAAUUUAGAAAAUAGAUGGACUAGUGCCUGUUCAAUUAAAGUAAACUUAAAUAAUAUAUUUUUAAGAUAUUUAAAAUGUUUUUUUCAUUUUUUAAUUAAACAGAGGCACUCUGCAAAAAGAUACAGAUCAAAGCCAUAUGUUACAAUAGUUUAACCACUAGUGCGUAAUGAAAGAUCUCAAGCGAUGAUAAACCAAAUCUAGAUGCUUCUGACUAAAUUCUAUCAUGCACUGUAGGAUGAACUGAUAUGUGAAAAUCCCCCCACACAUCAACGAACUUAACUGAACUUUUAGGGUACAUUUCAACAAUAUGCCUUAAACAGACAAUUAAAAUAGUUAAGUCAAGUCACCUUUAUUUAUAUAGCGCUUUUUACAAUGCAGAUUGUGUCAAAGCAGCUUUACAGUGAAAAUAAUUUGGCUGCACAGCAGCACUAGAAGAAAAUAGUGUCAUUGUCCAGCUUAAGUAAGUUCAGUGUUGAUUCAUUUCCAUUGUAAAAAUCAUUAGUUAUUAUUUUAGUUCAUUUAUCUAUACAGCAGCUCCGGAGAAAACAGUGAUUUCGUCGUACCAGCUCAGUUCAAAUACAGUGUCUACUUGUACAGUAUGUGUCUUUUUCCAAGAAUGCAAAUAGCCAUCCUGACAAAGGCUAUUUUGACAAUUUCCCGCCAUUUUAAAUAUUUUACCUUAAGUGCAGAAAGCACAUUACUUUUAUUUACACGUGAAUACCAUUUAUCACUAGUUGCUUUUAGAGUAAUUGAUGCACAAAAUGUCUACUACUCUUUACCCUAGAAACCACUAUUUCCAAUAGCAUUUUUACACUGUGUAAUUGGCUGCUGCCUUAAUUCUUAGUUUUAAAGGGGACCCAUUAUGCAAAGUUCACUAUUACAUGGCGUUUGAACAUAAGUGUGUGUCAGCAGUGUGUGUACACAACCACCCUAUAAUGAUAAAAAUCCAACGUUCACCAACUUUUUAAUCCCCAUCAUAGGCGUAAACCGCCCACCCACCCCAAAAAAUAUAAUUAAAAACCAUGUUCUCUAUUGUAAAUAAUAUAAUGAUAUAUACUUAAAUAAUUGUGUAAGUAGUAAAACAAUACAAACGCAAAUGGGGCAUGUUUAAUUUAAGUGAUAUUCCUAUCUUAUUUUUUUUUUGGUUCCACAGUGUUUGCUGAUUUUCAGUUUUUUUUUUUUAUUUGAACUUUGUGUAAGUUAUUUGUUAUUUUAUUAGGCCUAUAGCAUUGUGUAUGCCGUGCUUAUUCAUUUUCAUCUUGUUUGUUUUGUUAAUAAAAGUUCUAUAAGCGA